AUGUCACUUGCAAAUAUCAAUCAUCGUAGUACAUCAUCAACAUCAAUAUUCAACAAUGGUCAUUCGAUUGGCCCGAUCAUACCACCCGGCAAACAACCAGUAUCACAAGAUAUUGAAGUUAUUGUUCUUGACGAUGAUAGUGAUGUAGAACCAAUUGGCAUAUCAAAUAUAACUACACAUGAAACCAACAAUUCUGAUGUUUUAAAAACUUUGAUUUCAACACUUGACACCAAUACUGAACUCAUUCAUGUUAAACCAAAUUCUUCUACUCAAAUAUGUACAGCCGCAUUAAAUUAUUCAAAACUUGUAGAAACUAGUAUUAUUUUAGUUAAUCAUUAUCCGAUAGCAUCUACAGAAUGUAUAAUCAAACGAUAUUUAUACUUGAGCAAACCAUGCCAAUCAUUAUCUAUACCAACUCGAAUUCGUAUUUAUAAUCGUUCAUUAUCUCUUCUCGGUUUUAUAAUUGAAGAACCCAGUUCAAUAGAAAAUCUCAACCGAUAUCUUAUUAUUUAUGAUAACUAUACAGCCAAUUAUCAUUCGCCAAUGGAUUUUCAUCUUUGUCUUUGUCAAAAUUUUGAAAAGCAUAUGUUAAAUUUUGAUAACUGCGAAUUACGUUCCUAUUAUCAACGUGCAUUUCAAAAUUUUAAUACAAGCAAACGAUCAAGUACGUCUAUAGGCACAAUAAUACGCGUAAGAAAAUUUGGUUCGCAAUAUCAUAAUGCACGUAUUAUUGAUAAAGAUUGUUCAUUGAUAAAGAUAUGUUUUUUUGAACGAAAAUCUCAAACAGAAAUGUGGAUACAUUCAAAUUCAUCGCUUAUUGAUUCAACGCAAAAUUUAUUAUUAUCAACAAAACUAGCAAUAUCAUCAUUUGAAUCUCAUAAUUUAACGCAAGAAAUCAUAAUUACAGAUUUGGAUUUAGAUUUAUCACGGUUACGUAAGCGUAAAACGAGUGGCAAUAAUAUAAAUGAAGGUAGAAAAAAGCUUCGUGAUCGAUCGAAUACUAAACAAACACAAAUUUCACAACGACAAUCUUCAUCGUCGAGUGAUGAAAUUCCAUCAGCAUCGCGUGCUAACAUGCUUACAGCGUAUUAUACUAAUAUUCUUUUACCGAAAUUUCGAAUGCUUAACAAUUUACCAUCGAUUCCACAUAAAUGUAAUCGUCAAUGUGUUUUCUUGGCCGAAGAAAAAUUUCACAUUAAUAAAAUUCAUACAAAUCCUUUUUUACUACCAUUUGAAUGUCGAUGGUCAAUUAUUGAUGGCAAACCACGCAGUUAUCGCACACCAUGCCGUCGUACACUUCAGUCACUUGAGAAUAUUGAAGAGUAUCUCUAUCGAACAAAAUCAAAGUUAUCAAUAAAAUUUUUUGUUAAUGAUCUUGUAACGCGUUUUACACCACCGAUAGACAAAUUUGAUGAAAAAUUUAUUAUGAUCAAUGAUCUUUCUUGUGGCCAAGAAAAUAUUCACGUAACUGUAUAUAAUGAUAUAGAUAAUACGAAGCCAGAUAGUUUCACUUAUAUUACUCAAAUACGUCCGUUUGACAAUCGAAUUUAUGCUGCAUUUAAUGAUACGAAUUCGACAUCAUGCUGUGAUUGUACUGAUAAUUGUAGGGAUCGAAUGAAAUGCGCUUGCUAUCGUAAAACACUCAAUCAAGCUCUACUUAAUCAUGAUCCAUUAGUUGUUGAAAAACAAAAAAACCGUUGUACCCUAUCGUAUAUCAUGAAAAGUAUUGGCUAUGAACGGAAACGUCUACUUAAUCCAGUAUCAAGUGGUAUAUAUGAAUGUAAUUCAAAAUGUUCAUGUCAUCAUCAACAUUGUACAAACCGUCUUGUACAACAAGGCUUAUUUGCUCAAUUACAAUUAUUUAAAGAUAAAGAUAAAGGCUGGGGUCUACGCACAUUACAUGAUCUACCACGUGGAACAUUUAUUUGUCAAUAUGUUGGAGAAUUAAUAACAUCAGAUCAAGGACAUGAACGUGCUCAAACAAUGGACGAUAAAUAUCAAACGAGUCUUGAUUUAGUAAAACAAAUUCAUUAUGACGUUAAUAAUGAUGAAGAUGAUGACGAUGACGAUGAACCAUAUGUUAUUGAUGGCAGUUUAUAUAGUAACUUAGGAAAAUAUUUUAAUCAUUCUUGUAAUCCAAAUAUGUACAUUCAAAAUGUAUUUAUCGAAUCACAUGAUUUACACUUUCCAAAUCUAGCUUUAUUUACUCGUACUCGUGUUAAAGCAGGAGAAGAAUUCAAACUGGCGGCUCCAUUCGUUCAACAACAAAAUGCAACGAGAUCGGACACGAAGAAAUUUGUUCUCUCGUCAGCAGCAACAGCAACAGCAGGAGCAACAGCAAUAACAACUGCAUCUUUAUCAUCAUCUCAAUCUCUCUCACAAUCGACAGACGAUUCAUCAAUAGCAACGGUAGCUAUGACACAACCAUCAUCAACGUCUCUUCUAUCGGAUAUUGUACGACAAAAAUCUACAACAUCACCAUCAAAUAAUUGUUCAUCCAUACAAUUACAAGAUGAUACAUCAUCAUCAUCGUCAUCGAAUAAGACACGUUUACUUCAACGUAUGAUUUCAUUAAGACGUUCGUCAAGUAGUAAACCAUCAACACCAAUUUUAUCAUCACACGUAUCAUCAACUUCGUCGUCGUGUCGUUCAUACAAUGUCCGUGCAUUUGAAAUAGCACGAGAUCGAAAUCUCCGCCAUUAUCCUUGUAUAAUACAUUUUCUCGAUGAUACAGAACGAACUUUUCACGUUGAUCGCCGUUCUAAAGGAAUCGAUUUAUUGAAUGAAGUAUAUGAUUAUUUGGAUUUAUCGAUUGAAAGAAAGUAUUUUGGUUUACUCAUCGAAGAUUUAACACAAGAUUUUGCAUAUCGAUGGUUAGAUUCAACGAAAACUCUGAAAAAACAAUUGACAACAACAAUGUCACAAUAUCAUCUUUACUUCAAAGUACGAUUCUUUCUAACCGAUCCUUCAACACAAAUCGAUGAUGAAUUUACGAAAUACUUGUAUGUAUUACAAAUAAAGAAAGAACUGUUAAGCGGCAAAAUGUGGUGUCCACGAUCAACAGCAGCUAUACUUGCAAGUUACAUUGUACAGAGUGAACUUGGUGAUUAUGAUCCGGAAGAACAUCGACAAGGUUAUUUAGAAGAUUUUCGUUUUGUACCAUUUCAAAAUCCGGACUUUGAAAAAGAAGUUGAACAAUAUCAUAAAGAACAUGGAGGUCAAUCUCCUGCUGAUGCGGAAGUCAAUUAUCUUCGGGUUGUCAGCUCCUUAGAUAUGUAUGGUGUAGAAUUACACAAAGCAUCUGUUAAAGUAUCGACUACAAAUGAUACUGUAAAUAAUUCAGUUGUUGAAUUAUAUGUCGGUGUUUGUGCCAUUGGAAUAUCUGUUUUUCAAAACUCAACGAAAUUAAACACAUUUCCUUGGGAUCGAAUAACAAAAAUUUCUUUCAAACGUCGAACAUUUUACAUUCAACUCGUUAAAAGUCUUAACGCACCAGAUGAUAACUCCAUUGUAUUUACAUUACGUAGUUAUCGCUGUUGUAAAUAUUUAUGGAAAUCAUGUGUUGAUCAUCAUACAUUUUUUCGUUUAACAUCAAUUCCACAAUCGCCUAAGAAAUUCUUUCAUUUUGCUAAUAAAUUUCGACAUAGGCAAGUAUUGAUUAUAUCCUACGCAAAUAUUUCUACAUGCUUUUCUAUUUUUUCUAGUAAUGACGUGGUACCAAAUGGUUUAUUAAUUGAAGCUAAUAGUAGAAAACCAAAAGUAUUUGAAAGAGUUUCAAGUCGUCGAAGUUUUCGUACGGCAACCAAUGGUUCAUCAACAUUGCCAGCAUCAACAUCGAAUAAUACAUUAUCAUUAACUAGAAAUUCCAAUUUAAAAACAGUCUUAUUUCUUUCGUCAUCAUCAGUUUCGAUAUCGAAAUCUGAUAAAUUAUUCAGUACUCGUUCACCACCACCACCAAAACCUCCUCGACAACCUUUGAAUUCAUCGAAAAAUUCUCCAUCGAGUAAUAAUGCGUUGAUUGAAGCAAAUGAAUAUAAACCAAAAAAUGCCACUUUACCAAGAAAAAAUAAUUAUCGAAAUAGCCUUGAAAUGUCGAAUGGAAUAUCACAUGCUGAAGAUGACAAUGCCACUAAAGAGAAUUCUGAUGCUAUUGUUAUUAAACUCCAACCAGAUAAUGAUGGUCGAUAUGGUUUUAAUGUGAAAGGCGGCGGUGAUGAACACACACCGAUUGUUGUCUCACGAAUAGCAUUAGAUACACCGGCAAAUCGGGCAUCACUUCAUGAAGGCGAUCAGAUCAUAUCAAUAAAUCAUAUUGAUAUUCAACAUCAUUCGCAUGAAGAAGUUGUUAAUAUGAUUCGUCAAUCACGUGAAAGACCAUCGGGUGAAUUAGAACUUUUAAUACGACCUUUGAAACAAUGUCAUUUAGCAUCAAAUGAUGAUAAUGAUGUCGAUGUAGAACAUACUUAUGAUAAUAGCUUUUUAAAUUUAAAUCAAAAAGAUCCAUUAGAACUAUCUCUUGAAGCAUUACGUGAUGAUAUUGCCACCGGUCAUCUUAUUGAACAGUAUGAAACACUUCAAAGACGAAAAGAAGGUUUUACAUUCGAAAUUGCUGCUAGUCAAAUUAAUUACUAUCGAAAUCGUUACAAAGAUGUUUUGCCUUAUGAUCAAACACGUGUUAUACUUAAAUCUAGUUCUGAUAGUGAUUAUAUUAACGCUAAUUUUAUUAAUAUACCUAUUAGAUCAACAGAUAUGGUUAAUCGUUAUAUAGCUACCCAGGGACCAAUGCCAACAACGUGUGAAGCGUUUUGGACAAUGAUAUGGGAACAACAAUGUACAUUAUUGAUUAUGCUAACGACUUUAUUUGAAAAUGGUCGAAUAAAAUGUCAUCAAUAUUGGCCAAAUGUAUUAGAAACAGAUGAUUAUGGUUUAUGUAGUAUACGAUGUCGACGUGAACGAAAAGAAAAUCAACUUAUAUAUCGAGAAUUUUUCUUAACAAAUAAAGAAACGAACGAAGAAAGAAUUGUUUAUCAAAUACAAACUGAAACAUGGCCUGAUCAUGGUGUACCAAAUGAUUAUUCAUCAUUCGUGGAAUUUGUUUUAGAAAUACGAGAAUUAAGAAAAUCAAAAAAACAUCUACCUAUUCUGGUUCAUUGCAGUGCUGGUAUUGGUCGAACAGGUGUUUUGAUAUUAAUGGAAACAGCUCUAUGUCUUAUUGAAGCAAAUCAACCUAUAUUUCCACUUGAUAUUGUUCAACAAAUGCGUGAACAACGUCUAGGAAUGAUCCAAACUGCUAGUCAAUAUCAAUUUGCAUGUGGAGCCGUACUUUAUGCCUAUGAUCAAGGAUUAGUACAAGUGAAUAGAACUUGA